CUCACCUGCCCAUCCAUAAACUCUCCCGCUCCCCUGCCCAUCCAUGAACUCUCCCGCGCUCCUGCCCAUCCAUAAACUCACCUGCCCAUCCAAAAUCUCUCCCGCUCUCCUGCCCAUCCAUAAACUCUCCCACUCUCCUGCCCAUCCAUAAACUCUCCCGCUCUCCUGCCCAUCCAUGAACUCUCUCACUCUCCUGCACAUCCAUGAACUCUCCCGCUCACCUGCCCAUCCAUAAACUCUCCCGCUCUCCCGCCCAUCCAUAAACUCUCCCGCUCACCUGCCCAUCUAUAUACUCACCCGCUCUCCAGCCCAUCCAUAAACUCUCUCGCUCACCUGCCCAUCCAUAAACCCUCCAGCUCUCCUGCCCAUCCAUAAACUCUCCCGCUCACCUGCCCAUCCAUAAACUCUCCCGCUCUCCUGCCCAUCCAUAAUCUCUCCCGCUCAGCUGCCCAUCCAUAAGCUCUCCCGCUCUCCUGCCCAUCCAUAAACUCUCCUGCUCUCCUGCGCAUCCAUAAACUCUCCCGUUCUCCUGCGCAUCCAUGAACUCUCCCGCUCUCCUGCGCAUCCAUGAACUCUCCCACUCUCCUGCGCAUCCAUGAACUCUCCCGCUCACCUGCCCACCCAUGAACUCUCCCGCUCUACUGCCCAUCCAUAAACUCUCUUGCUCACCUGCCCAUCCAUAUACUCUCCCGCUCUCCUUCCAAUCCAUUAACUCUCCCGCUCACCUGCCCAUCCAUAAACUCUCCCGCUCUCCUGCGCAUCCAUGAACUCUCCCGCUCUCUUGCCCAUCCAUGAACUCUCUCUCUCUCCUGCGCAUCCAUGAAAUCACCUGCUCUCUUGCCCAUCCAUAAACUUUCCCGCUCACCUGCCCAUCCAUAAACUCUCCAGCUCUCCUGCCCAUCCAUAAACUCUCCCGCACACCUGCCCAUCCACGAACUCUCCCGCUCUCCUGCGCAUCCAUGAACUCUCCCGCUCUCCUUCGCAUCCAUGAACUCUCCCGCUCUCCUGGGCAUCCAUGAACUCUCCCGCUCACCUGCCCACCCAUGAACUCUCCCGCUCUACUGCCCAUCCAUAGACUCUCCCGCUCUCCUGCCCAUUUAUUAACUCUCCCGCUCACCUGCCCAUCCAUAGACUCUCCCGCUCUCCUGCCCAUUUAUUAACUCUCCCACUCACCUGCCCAUCCAUAAGCUCUCCCGCUCUCCUGCCCAUCCAUAAACUCUCUUGCUCACUUGUCCAUCCAUAAACUUUCCCGCUCACCUGGGCAUCCAUAAACUCUCCCGCUCUCCUCCCCAUCCAUAAAAUCUCCCGCUCACCUGCCCAUCCAUAAACUCUCCCGCUCUCCUGCCCAUCCAAAAACUCACCUGCCCAUCCAAAAACUCUCCGGCUCUCCUGCCCAUCCAUAAACUCUCUCGCUCACCUGCCCAUCGGAAAGCUAUCCCGCUCACCUGCCCAUCCAUAAACUCUCCCGCUCUCCUGCCCAUCCAUAAACUCUCUCGCUGAACUGCCCAUCCAUAAACCCACCCGCUCUGCUGCCCAUCCAUAAACUCUCCCGCUCUCCUGCCCAUCCAUCAUUUCGCCGGCUCACCUGCCCAUCCAUAAACUCUCCCGCGUGGCAUGGAUCACCUGCCGCACGCAAACCUCUCGCCCUGCUCUUAUGCCCCUCACAUGUCACGCCUCACACAAAAAUCCCCUUGGCUAUCCUUCAGGUCAGUGCCAUCCCGCACCCAUCUCCACUGAUCAUCCGACCUCCGCUUGUCGCACUCUGAGGGGCACUAGUGGUUGGCGGUUGUAGCGUCUGUUGGAAUAAUGACGCAUGCACCGUGUAAGAAAAUAAUCCAGAGACAUACCCAAAACAGGGAGACAGAAAUGUCAAACUAUAUAUUUAGAUAUAUAUAUUAUUUGUGUAGUCUUGGUAGAUGUGCUAUAUUACUGGAUCCUACUGUAGAGGGGACAACCCCCCCUUUUUGUAUCUCUUCCUCUUCUAGGCUUGCUUGACUGCUGCCAGCUGAUCGGAGUCCUUGGAGACGAGGAUCAUGUCGUCAACAUAGACGAGAAUAAAGAACGGCUUCUCGUUCUUGCGAAUGAAAAGGCUCGGAUCGGCGGCAGAAGGAUGAAAGUCGAGAGAGAGAGAGAGAGAGAGAGAGAGAGAGAGAGAGAGAGAGAGAGAGAGAGAGAGAGAGAGAGAGAAAGAGAGAGAGAAAGAGAGAGAGAACGAGAGCGAGAGAGGGAGAGAGGGAGAGAGAGAAGGAGAGGUAGUGUGACAGAGAGAGAGAGGGAGAGAGAGAGUAAGCGAGAGAGAGAGAGAGACAGAAAGAGAGAGAGGCAGAGGGGAAGAGAGAUUGAAAGAGAAGGGCAAAAAGAGAUAGAGGUUGAGAGAGAGAGAAAGAGAGAGAGAGAAACGAAGAGAGACAGAGAGAGAGAGAGAGGGAGAGAGAGAGAGAGAGAGAGAGAGAGAGAGAGAGAGAGAGAGAGAGAGAGAGAGAGAGAGAGAGAGAAAGAGAGAGAGAGAGAGACAAACAGAGAGACAGAGAGAGAGAGAGAGAGAGAGAGAGAGAGAGAGAGAGAGAGAGAGAGACAGAGAUAGAUAGAGAGAGAGCGACGUAAAGA